CCCCUCCUCGUGCGGAGGAGGUCCAGGCCGAGUCCUACCUCAUCACCGACCCUGAGGAGUGUCUGGGCUUGCUGCCCGCACUCUUCGGUGUCAGUGAUGACAGCGGCCACGUCCCGCCCGGGUGGGACCUCUCGGCUGACGACCUGCAGGCCAUCAUGGGCAAGUGGGAGCAGAACAAUCCGCUGCCCGAUGACGACGAGGCCGACGAGGGUGGGGAUGACGGCGAGUGGUACGACAAUGACGACGAGGACGCCAGGGCCGUCCGCCGCCGCAUUCGCAAUGCGAUGCGCCACAAUCGCAACACACACACAAGCGGCCACGUGAGACUGUCGGAUACCACUCGCCGCAUCCAGGCCGCCAUCCUUCGCAGCCGCACGUGGAGCCGCCGAAGCAGCCGCAGCAGCGUGCAGAGCCGCGUGUCCCGCGCGGGCAACAACGAGAGCAGACAGGACGGCAGCAGGCGGGUCAGGCUGGGCCGCCGACAGAGGCGCAACAGCGACAGCUCGGGUAAGACGUCAGCGGUGAUGAGGCACGAGCCAGGUGAUGGAAGGGAGCAUACGAUGUGUGUCUCUCUUGGACACAGACGGAGGCACGCCUUCGAUUGCUGCCUGCAUUUUAUAUUUUGAGGAUUCUUUGAAGAAUUGCGCGAUGUACCCAUCCCAGAGCUACCGAGAAUCGGGUACAUAUCGAAGGACAGACAAAAUGAACGAUAGAAGUUACAGCCACUGCAUCCUGUGUCUUGCAUAUUCCUCAGGAGUUUCUUCGGCCGCCCAAUGAGGCGAGAGGGCUUCCAACGACAGCCCGUGGCAGCAGGGUGGAGGAACAGGACCCGAAGCCCACCAAUCUCACAGAACAUCGAAAGCCAACGCGAAGGUGAGAAAGACGCAAUGCCACGGCCCGACGCAGUGAGAUGGCGGUGAAAUCAUGUACCUCAUCCAUUUAUACGUCGCUCGUUUCAUCGGCUCUGUUGCAGGUAA